AUGCCUGGAUUUAGCAGUGUAGGAACGUUUAAAAUAUUUGUUGGAAAUUUAUCUGACAAAACAACAAAAGCUGAUAUUCAGCCAUUGUUUGAAAAAUAUGGAAAAGUUGUCGAAUGUGAUAUUGUGAAAAAUUAUGGAUUUGUGCACAUGGAGCAUGAAGAUUCUGGGAGAGAUGCUAUUCAAAAUUUAGACGGUUAUUUGGUUCAUGGAAGUUCAAUUAAAGUGGAGGCAGCUACAAGUCGAAAAGGACCUCAAACACCAACGACUAAAGUUUUUGUUGGUAAUUUAACUGAUAAUACGAAAGCUCCACAAGUUAGAGCUUUGUUUGCAAAAUAUGGAACAGUUGUAGAAUGUGACAUUGUAAGAAACUAUGGGUUUGUUCACAUUGAAAGUUCUGACAAUGUUAAUGAAUGUAUCAGAGAAUUGAAUGGUUAUAUAUUGGAUGGCCAACCUAUGAAGGUUCAGUUAUCAACUAGUAGAGUUAGGCAAAGACCUGGCAUGGGAGAUCCAGAACAAUGUUACAGAUGUGGUAGAGGAGGUCAUUGGUCAAAAGAAUGUCCCAAAGGUGGUGGCCCUGAUCGUAGUAGUUACAGAGAUAGAAUGUUUGCCAGAGAUCCCUAUCCACCACCUCCUCCUCCUCCAUUUUUGAGAGAAAGAAUGAUGGAUCCGUAUUAUGAAAGAUUUUAUGAACGCACUCGUUAUGAUGAUAGUGACUUGUUUGACAGAAGAUUUUCACUUGGUCGUGAAAUUCCAAGAAGCAGAGAGUUUUUACCACCUCCUCCAUUACCUCCUCGCGGUCGUGAAACUUUACCACCCCCGCCUCCUAGGGGUUUUAGUUCUAGUUCUUUGAGAGAAUAUGAAAGAAGCUCCGACUAUAUGUACAGCCGUCGCUCUCCACCCACGACUUCUACAUCUGUCGGCAGUAGAUUUGGUGGUCUAUAUGAAGACUUCAGUCGUGACACUUUCGACGAUAGGGGGUAA